AUGACCGUCGCAGAGGUGUCCAACUCUGGCAUGGCCUCCACCACCACAACCUCCAACGGCAAAGAGAGCUCCCCAGGCUCUUACAACGCCGUUGACUUCGAACGGUUUACCGUCAGUGCCCAGGAGAAGCUUGCUGCCGACCUUAUGUAUCGACAAUUCGAGACGGGCCAGAGUAAUGCCAUUGAGCGCCUGGUAGCGUUAAAAGCAGACCUGCGUGAUACAAGCGACGAUGCAUUUUGGAGGGACCUUAUGAAAGAACUGACCAGUAUAUGCAAUGCCCAGUGUGGUUUUGUAGUAGAGGAGCUGUCCUCGCCUGGCAGCACCGAGGAUGCUACAAGUCCGUCGUCCUCGACCUCUCACCUUGCACCGAUCAUCUACUAUAACAACGGUUCGGACGAAAUCAUCCAGCGGAACUACAAACCAUGGGCUUGGGACCUCCCUUACAACAUCGUGGCUAGGGAUAUGCACAAAUCUUUCCUCGUGGCCGAUAACCUCGUUUCAAUUGUCGGAGAGUCUGGCAUGGCUCAGUUUCCCUUCCCCAUGGCAGCAUGCCUAGCAGUCCCGCUCUUCGACUCUCGUGUCCCUGUCGCUCGCGUGGGUCUUAUGUGGACAACCGUUGGCCUGGAGAAGAGGAAUGUAUCUUGGGCAUAUCUUGAGAUGAUACUACACUCGUUGGAAGACCUAAUACUACAGCGAAUGGAGGAGAGUGCGACAAUUCGUCAACUGGAGAAUCGACAGUCCCAAGAGAAUGAGCGCCAGAUGGAGAAAGAAAGAGAAAGAACUCGAGAAAUGGAACGAUCCAGAUGCCGCUCUCAAUCUUCUCAUCGCCAUCCCGCCCCCUAUAGGCCGGGUGCUGGCCAACCAACCCUCAAACUGUAUGCGCGUAGUAUGUCCCAUGAACUGCGGACACCAAUGCAUGGAGUCGUCGGGAUGCUCGACAUGAUUUACGGAACGGUUGCAGAAACCAUACAGAGGGCAUCUGACGGGGACGAGCAUAUGACUGCAGGUAUGGUCAAGACCUUCGAGAGUCUCAGGGGAGAUAUCGAGAUGGUUCAAGACUCUGCUCGCCGCGCCAUAGAAGCAGCAGACAAUAUUGUCUAUGCGUAUGACCUUAACAUGCAAGUCCCCGAUACCCUCGAAAACUCCGUAACGGAUGACCCCCCUUGUAUCUCCCGCCAAUUUUCUUCCCACCCGUCAAACGAACUACGGCCCAUCUUUGGUGCAGGAAUCGACAUACCCAUCAACCGUAAACGGCCCUAUGGUACCGACUCCUCUCGUGGAUCUUCCCCUACCCGCCAAUCCAGGUCUGUCAAAUCUCCCCGCCGUGAACGAUCGCGAACAGCAGAAGUCAGGAGCGUCGUGGAGGAGAGUGACAAGAUUGUUCAUUCAACGCCGGCUAGGGGAGAUAUUCAGGACGCUUUUAUGGACGCUGUAGCUCCUCCAGAUAAUGAUGGCCAUAGCCCUGAAAAUCAUAGAGGAGAGUAUUCAGAUAAAGCAUCGCGCCCCCGAAAACACACCCGGUCUUUGUCCAGAGUAACCCGUCCUGUUCCUGUCUUUCCACCUAUGGUUCUACAUUAUACCAAAAUACGUGAGUUACUUCGUUUAGUGAUUAAUGAGUCCUUGCAUGUCGGGGGCCGCCCCGACUCAACAACCACAAUACCUACCGAUAAUGGUGAGCGGAUUGAAAUCCGUUCCCGUUCCUCAAAUGGUACCGCAUCAACGAAGCAGAUUUCCUGGUCUGUCGACGACUGUGUUCCCGAAACGCUGUAUGUAGACGAAAAGGAUCUUGCCAAACUCGUUUCAUGCAUCUUCCUGAACGCUCUCAAAUUCACCGAGUCAGGCACUAUCAAUAUCACGGCCAGGCUGAAUCAUACGUCACGAUAUGUCAUUGUCAAUGUCACAGAUACCGGUACUGGCAUUCCAGAAGCUUUUCUACCCAACUUAUUCAAAGCUUUUGCAAGGGAAGACGGAUCAACUACCCGUAGUAAAGAAGGCCUUGGACUCGGCCUUCUUGUGGCUAAGGGGCUGUCAAGGAAGCUCGGUGGCGAUCUGAUAUGCGUGCGGUCCUCAACCUCCGGCGAGCACCAGGGCUCGGAAUUUGAGAUUCGCUUGCCAAUUGUACCGAACGACGUUCUCAGUAGGCCAAGUACACCUAGGACCUGUGCCUCGGGAAACUCGACUACAAGUACCCAUACAUGCAUGAAUGCUGUAGGUGAGAUCAAUGGUGGUAAAGAGAGCCAACUGGACAAUCAUACAUGCGAACCUGAGAAUCCACAAGAUAUUGCGGUACCUUCCACUGAGACAUUUGUAUCAGUGUCUUCUCGACCUACCACACCCCAGAUACAGAUGCAAACACAAACACAAAACCGCACAUUUGAUGUUGUCCAGUCUCCCGUACAUCGACCGCCACUACCAAUCUCUCUAUCUACUCCUAUAAUCUCAACACCGAUGUCUACUAUCAGUCCAUUCGACCACCACAGCCCUUACCUCAAUGGCCGACAAACUCUUGCUGAACGUCACCCACUCACUUUUAUGGUUGCAGAGGACAACUUAAUCAACCGAAAAAUAUUAGUCACAAUGCUUGAACGACUGGGCUAUACAGAUGUAUACCAGGCAUUCGACGGCCGUGAUGCUGUAAGAGUUGUCAAGGAAGUGCUGGAGGGGAACUGCUCCCAGUACGCUGUUGAAGGCAGCACCCCUGACGCGUCGCCAAAAACUAUCUCGCUUCCGCCCCCAGCUAUCCCCCAAGACCAAACCGAAUCCCAAUCCCAUCCCUCAUCCGAAUGCCAGACCCAAUCUCAACAUCAGCAUCCGUCCCAGUCCCAGUCCCAGUCUCAGUCCACGUCCCCUUCCCAAUCGCCAUCCCCAUCCCCAUCCCCUUGUCAAUUCUCGGCCUCUCCUUCACGGUCUCCUUCUCCUGCGCCGUCUGCUGAAUCAAAAUUCAUUGAUGUAAUACUCAUGGACCUCUGGAUGCCCGACAUGGACGGCUACGAGGCCACGGAACGAAUAUUCUCACUCGUCUCCUCCUACCGCGAACGAAUGGCGAAAUACGACCCUGCCAAUGUCCCUCCCCCGGGCCCCACAGUACUUGCUGUCAGUGCAGAUGUUACUGACGAAGCACUACGGCGAGCUACUAAGGUCGGUAUGGAAGGAUACAUGACGAAGCCUUAUAAAUUGCGAGAUUUGGAGAGGUUAUUGGUCGAGUUUUGCGCGCGACAGAGCAAAUGGAGGAUAUAA